GUUAUCAAAAAUGCUCGAAAUAAUUAAAAACAACGAACAAGCAUCUGCAAACAUUCUCUGAUCAAUAAUUGAUUUUGAAAUACAACAAUGUCGAAAUUUGACCCCUACGAGCAUAUUAACCUGAGACUCAACCCGGACGGCACCGUUACUCGCCUUCUAAGCUUCCCAUCGGCAAAAACAAAUGCCGAUCCAGCAUCCGGCGAUUCCAUUCUCUCCAAAGACGUCAUGGUUAAUGCUGAAAAAAACACAAAGGUCCGCCUUUACCUUCCUGUCAAAUGCAUAUCCACAAUGAAACGUCUUCCUAUUUUAUUUUACUUCCAUGGCUGUUCUUGGGCUCAAUUCUCCGCCGACAACCCCGCUCUUCACCUCGAACGUCAAUGGGUAGCCGGUUCAAUUCCUGCUCUUAUCAUUCUCGUUAUUUACAGGCUCGCCCCUGAAUGCCGCCUUCCUACCCAAUAUGAAGAUGCAGAAGAAGCACUUCUCUGGUUGAAAAAACAAGCUUUAGAUCCAAAUGGUGACAAAUGGGUUAAAGACUACGGAGACUUCACCAAAUGCUUCAUCUCCGGGUCUGGUAAUGGAGGCAAUAUUGUAUACAACGCUGGUUUACGUGCAGUCGAUAUGGAUUUAACCCCAAUUAAGAUUCUUGGGUUAAUAAUGAAUCAGCCAAUGUUUGGCGGGAAACACAGGACAGAAUCUGAAGUACGUUUCGCGACGGAUCAGGUAAUACCGUUGCCGGUAAUCGAUCUGGUAUGGGAAUUGGCGUUGCCUAGAGGGACCGAUCGAGAUCAUCGAUACUGUAACCCAAUUCUUGAAGGCCCGCAUCAAGAUAAGGUAAAAUUUCUGCCUCCAUGCCUAGUUCUUGGUUUUGGAAUGGACCCUUUGGUGGAUAGGCAACAGCAGUUUGUGCAGAUGUUGGUGAAUCAUGGAGUUAAAGUGGAAGCUCAUUUUGAUGAAGUUGGAUUUCACAGAAUUGAAAUUGUUGAUACGAGAAGAAGGGUUGGAUUGUUAAAUCUUAUAAAACAGUUUGUCCAUUCGCAAAUUGAAGUUGCUAAUACUGCCUUUGAAAAUUCUGGUACUGAUGAUAUGAAGAAUAUCCAAAAAGUUGAACAUCAACCGCAGGCAUAAUCAAUUUUUUCAGGCGUCGCCAAACAGAGUAUUAAGUAUUGAGAGACAAUUAUGAAAAUUAUGGUCAUAUGUUGUUUAUAUAUUAAAUUUUUUUAUCAUCGUUGUUAGAAGAUUAUGAAAUGAGAAGGUAAAAUUUUUUUAUUAAAAAAUAAAAUUAUUUUUUGCCUAUGAUAUU